AUGGGACUGGCGGCGAGGAGCGGCUCGGGCUGUGAGAUGCAAACACUGGCCAUCCAGUCGGCCUGUCCACAAUACAAGCAAGGUAUGGAAGAUGCCGAUCUGCUGGUCAGUGACCCCACCCCGCCGGGGAAGGACGGGGAGCGGGACGGAGACGUCGCCCACGCCGACACCGACCAACUCCGCAGGAAGCUGAAAUUCUUCUUCAUGAACCCGUGCGAGAAGUUCAGGGCCCGCGGGCGCAAGCCCUGGAAACUGGGCGUCCAGAUCCUGAAGAUAGCCAUGGUCACUCUGCAGCUGGUCGUGUUUGGUCUCAGCAACCAGAUGGUGGUUCUGUUCAAGGAAGAGAACACGGUGGCAUUUAAACACCUCUUCAUUAAAAACUACCUGGACAACAGCAACAGUGACCUUGCCAUCUACACCCAGAGUGAAGUCUACGAGUAUCUGUCCUUCAUUUUCACCCAGUACGUGCAGCUGCGGAGGGUGUCGGUGGGAAACCAUGCGUACGAGAGGCGGGGGACCGGCCUGAUGCCCCUCACCGUGUGUCAGUACUUCUACAAGCGGGGCAGCGUCAGCCCAGGCAACGAGUCCUUCAACAUCGACCCAAUGGUGGAGACCGAGUGCUUGGACAUUGAGCCAAUGACUCCGGGUUCCACUGGACCGGCAGCUGAGAAACCAAACUUGACCCUGCACUUCCAUCGCCUUUUAAUGGUGCAAAUUCAGUUUAAACUCAAGGCCAUCAAUCUUCAAACCAUCCGGCGUCACGAGCUGCCUGAUUGCUACGAUUUCCAUGUGACUAUCACCUUUGACAAUAAGGCUCACAGUGGCAGAAUUCAGAUUGGUUUGGACAGCGACAUAUCCAUUAGAAAAUGCAAAGGCAGGCAUGUAACUGGGGGAGUGCAACGAAACAGCCACUACAUGGUGAUAUUCGACGGUUUUAUCGUGGGGAUUUGCCUGAUCUCGUUGGUCCUCUGCACCCGGUCCAUUGUCAAUGGGAUAAAGUUGCAGCAUGAGUUCGCCAGCUUCUUUGCCCAGCAGUACAGCAAGCAGGUGAGCUGGUCCGAGCGUUCGCAGUUCCUCAACGGCUGGUACACCCUGAUCAUCACCAGCGACCUGCUCACCAUCACCGGCUCUGUACUCAAGAUGGAGAUUGAUGCCAAGAGUUUUGCAUCGUAUGAUGUGUGCAGCAUCUUGCUGGGCUCGUCCACGCUGCUGGUCUGGGUGGGAGUCAUCCGAUACCUCGGCUUCUUUGAGAAGUACAACGUGUUGAUUCUCACCCUGCGUGCAGCACUGCCCAAUGUGAUGCGUUUCUGCUGCUGUGCCUCCAUGAUGUACCUGGGCUACUGCUUCUGUGGAUGGAUCGUGCUGGGGCCGUAUCACCAGAAGUUCCGAUCGCUCAACAUGGUCUCCGAGUGCCUCUUCUCCCUCAUCAAUGGCGAUGACAUGUUCUCCACCUUUGCGGCCAUGAAGGACAAGAGCUACCUGGUGUGGCUCUUCAGCAGGCUGUACCUGUACUCCUUCAUCAGCCUCUUCAUCUACAUGGUCCUCAGCCUCUUCAUUGCCCUCAUCACCGACACCUACGAGACCAUCAAACUUUACCAGCGGCAGGGGUUCCCACAGACCGACCUGCAGGCAUUCAUCGGUGAGUGCCAGGACUUGCCAGACUCUGGCAAGUACCGGGUGGCAGAAGAGUUGCCCGUCUCUCUCUACUGCUGCUGUAACAGGUGAGGCUGGGAGAGGCACUGCCCUGUCCAAAUCAUCGUCCACUAGUUAGUUUAGUGGUACAGUGCGGGAACAGGCCCUUCUGCCCACCGAAUCCAUGCCGACCAGCGAUCACCCCGCACAUUACUCCCACACUAGAGGCAAUUUACUGAAGCCAAUGGACCUACAAAUCUGAAGAGGGCCCUCGACCCGAAACGUCACCCAUUCCUUCUCUCCACAGAUGCUGCCUGACCCGCUGAGUUACUCCGGCACACUGUGAAACGUCACCUAUCCAUGUUCUCCACAGAUGCUGCCUGACCCACUGAGUUACUCCAGCACUCUGUGAAACGUCACCUAUCCAUGUUCUCCACAGAUGCUGCCUGACCCUCUGAGUUACUCCAGCACUCUGUGAAACGCCACCUAUCCAUGUUCUCCACAGAUGCUGCCUGACCCUCUGAGUUACUCCAGUACUCUGUGAAACGUCACCUAUCCAUGUUCUCCACAGAUGCUGCCUGACCCGCUGAGUUACUCCAGCACUCUGUGAAACGUCACCUAUCCAUGUUCUCCACAGGUGCUGCCUGACCCGCUGAGUUACUCCAGCACUCUGUGAAACGUCACCUAUCCAUGUUCUCCACAGGUGCUGCCUGACCCACUGAGUUAUGGUGCAGCAACAUCUAUGGAGCUAAGGAAAUAGGCAACGUUUCGGGCCGAAAUCCUUCUGGAAAUAGGCAACGUUUCGGGCCGAAACCCUUAUGGGUUUCGGCCCGAAACGUUGCCUAUUUCCUUAGCUCCAUAGAUGCUGCCUGACCCUCUGAGUUACUCCAGCACUCUGUGAAACGUCACCUAUCCAUGUUCUCCACAGAUGCUGCCUGACCCUCUGAGUUACUCCAGCACUCUGUGAAACGUCACCUAUCCAUGUUCUCCACAGAUGCUGCCUGACCCUCUGAGUUACUCCAGCACUCUGUGAAACGUCACCUAUCCAUGUUCUCCACAGAUGCUGCCUGACCCGCUGAGUUACUC